AUAAGUUCGCGCACGAUCUAGUGUCUAGCAGUUUUGCUGUCAACAUACCUAUAGAGUAUAGAUAUGGAGCGGAGUACCACUAUCCCCAAAAUAGUCUAGCCCGUUCCUCCACAGCCACAAACCUACUCCCCUAAACCCAAACCACACUAGCCCCAAGGCAACCUCCAAAGAUGACAUAUGAUAUCUACAGUCCAGUCCCUCAUCCCAUAAUCUCCAUACAAUCAAACAAUUACCACCCUCACAACACACCGUCUACUCUUUUCCUAUCGCCUACCUACAAUCCACCCAACCCAGCAUAAAAUCAACCAAACACCACAGCAACAAACCGCCAACGAAAAGAAACCAAAGGCGAAAUGCCCCCCUCUCCCCAAACGGCAAAACUAACCUCAACCCUCCACCUCCUAAUCCCCCGCCUUCGCCUCCUCCAAAAAAAAUCCACAGCCAGCUCCGUAAUCCAACGUCGCGAACUCUCUCACCUCCUCUCCGAAAACAAAGACGCGAGCGCCCGCAUCCGCGUCGAAAAUGUCAUCGCAACAGAUAUCGCCAUCGAAGUCAUGGAAAUGGUAGAGCUGUACUGCGAGCUGAUCCUUGCGCGGGCGAAUGUGCUAGACCAGAACGCCUUUAGUGAGAAGGGGGUCGAGGCGAGGAAUCGGGCGAAGGAGGCUUUGGGGGAGAUUAGGAGGCGGGAGAUGGGGGGUUUGGCGUCGGGCGUGGAGGAUGGUGGGGGCUCUACUUUGGGGAAGGGGAAGGGGAAAGGGAGGGGGUUUGGGCUUGGGGCGAUUUUUGGAGGUGGAGGGCAGGCAAGGAGGGAGGAGAAACCCGCGUCUGAAACUGGGGCUGGGGUGAGUGCGGUGGGUGUUGAGGGGGGUGGUGGGGUUGGGGAGAGGGCGUAUAUUGAUUCGGCGCUAGAUGAGGCUGCUGCGGCGAUUUUUUAUGCAUAUCCGCGGUUUCCGUCGGAUGUGAGGGAAUUGACUAUUUUGAGGGGGUUAUUGGCGGAUCGGUAUGGGAAGGAGUUUAUGACGCUUGCGCAGGAUGAUCGGUUUCCCGUCGCGGAUGGGUUGAAGGUUCCGGAGAGGUUGGUGAAGGGGUUGCGGGUGCGGCCGCCGUCGAGGGAGUUGGUGGAUAGUUAUCUAAGGGAGAUUGCGAGGGCGUAUGGGGUUUCUUGGGGUGGGGAUGCGGAGGAUUUGGAUGAGGUGCCGACGGAAUUUGUUGAUGAUGCUGAUGAGGGUGGUGAUGGGGGUGAUUUGCCGGUGACGCCGCGGAAGGAGGGCCGACCGUCUGAGGUACAGCGGAGGAUGUCUGAUACGGCGGAGCUGAAUCGUGCUACGCCGCCAAAGGGGCUUCAGGCUGGAAAGAGCCCCGUCAGUGUUGCGCCGCCGGGGCCCAGGUCUGAUAAUCCAAACCCGCGCGUCAAGGUCCCAGACGCAAAUGGGAAUGGAGAGACCGAGCUGGAGCCCAGGAGCCCUUCGAAAUCGAGUAAAGGAGGGAUCCCGGAGUUGGAUGAGUUGACUAAACGCUUUGCCGCGUUAAAGCGGUAGUUAUGUUCUUUUCCCUAUCUCCCUGCUGGGAUCUACAUGCUUAAGAUAACGAUAUCCCGAACGCACUGUCAUGAGGAAUUCUAUGUAUUAUGUAUCACGAUCUAUCCACCCACUCCUUUUUGUCAUCAUGCAUCAGAGAAGCAAGCGAGAAUAUGUCACAAGAAUGGAAAACAAAGAGGUAUCCGAACAAUGGUA